GUUGAGGCAAGGCAACUCUGUGCUAAUUCUAGAUGAUGUGUGGCAGCAAUUUUGUCUAGAAGAUGUUGGAAUUCCUAUUCUAGAUGGAAAUAAUGGUUGCAAGUUAGUACUCACGACGCGGUUACAAGAUGUUGCUCGUGCAAUGGAUUGUGAGGUGAUCAUGGUGAAUCCUCUUCCAGCUAAUGAAGCAUCAGCAUUAUUCUUGGAGAAAGUUGGAAGUGCAGUGUUGUCAGAUGGCAGAAUUAAAGUAGAUAUAAAGUCAUUUUUGGAGCAAAUUUUGCAGAAAUGUGGUGGAGUACCUCUUGCUAUAGUGACAGUGGCAAAAUCAAUGACAGGGAAAUUACUUCCUCGUCAUUGGAAGUUGGCACUUUCUGAAUUUAGUAAAUUUGAAAGGAUUGUUGAUUGUUUGAAAUUCAGUUAUGAAUGCCUAGAACCACAAUGCCAAGAGUGUUUUCUAUACUGUGCAUUGUAUCCUGAAGAUGCUGAAAUCUACAAGGAGGAGUUAAUUGAGUAUUGGAUUGAGGAGGGGCUUAUAUAUAAAGAAGGGAUAACUAGGGAGGCAAUGAAUUGGAAAGGUCAUGAUAUACUUGAUAAGCUGGUUGACAGUUGCUUGUUGGAGUUGAAAUUGUGGUAUGGCCAAAAGAAUGGUGGGAAUCAUUGGAAUGGGACCAUCCCAAUGCAAAAGACAUCCUUUUACCCGUUUGUGAAUUUGAGUAGUGGUAGGGCGCACCGCAAAUCAAAUUGGAAUUCGGCUUUGUAACCACAAGAAAGGCAGAGGAAAUUAUAUUUGCACCUGUUGCUGUUGUGUUUUCAAAAUUUAACAUACUCUUUGUUUUUCUUUUGCUGUAUCUGUGUUGUGUGUUUAAAUGUGUCAAAUUCAAAGUGAAAAACUGGAAAUGUUUGUUUCUUUAUUAUCUGUGUAAUUUUAUCUUUGAAACUAUGUGCAAAAAAGACUUGAAAUUAAUUCGGAUCUAUCUAAUUUCCUUUGCUAUUUAUAUUUUACUACACUUGCAUCUUUGCUUUUCUUGUAAUUUGGGUUUCAGUUGGUUGCAUUUGCAUAUAUUUCCUGGUCAAACCUCGUUCAACAUCAUCAUCGUUAUCAACAACCAAGACUUAAUUUCAUCAACUAUAUCUGCACGCUUGUUACUUUUUCUUCUUAGAAUCGCUAAAGAUGGACUAGCAUUCAGGUCAGAGUGCACUCCUCUUCUUUUCUUUUGCACUUUUUAAUAAAUUAUUUUAUUGUAUUUUCUUAUUGCAUGAUCUGAUUAUGUCUCAUUAGCUAAAGUAAAUUACUGGUUAAACA